AUGGCGGCCAGAGUUAUUGUUACGAUUGAGAACCCUCAUAACAUAAUUGUUCAGUCUGCUAGGCCCUAUGGUCAGAGAGUUGUCUUAAAGUUUGCCCAAUAUACUGGUGCUCAUGCAAUUGCUAGUCACCAUACUCCUGGAACAUUUACUAAUCAGCUUCAGACUUCAUUCAGUGAGCCUCGUCUCCUCAUCCUUACAAAUCCACAAACUGAUCACCAGCCUAUUAAAGAAGCUGCUCUUAGGAACAUUCCCACCAUUGCCUUUUGUGAUACUGAUUCCCCAAUGGGGUAUGUUGAUAUUGGCAUACCUGCUAAUAACAAGGGGAAGCACAGCAUUGGCUGUCUGUUCUGGCUAUUGGUGAAGAUGGUUCUCUGUUCUGGCUAUUGGCGAGGAUGGUUCUGCAGAUGCGCAACACAAUUCCUCAAGGGCAUAAGUGGGAUGUUAUGGUUUGGCAUUUACUUGGCCAAGAUGUGGAAAGUAUAUAGAGGCCUCUUUCAAGUUUAUGAACAUGAAUUUCUGUUGUAA